AUUUCACUGUUCACAGGAGUGAAUGCAAGUAGGGUAUGUACAAAUGGUGUUUGUUUCAGAUGACACAAAUAAUGCCCCAUCUAUUCAAAUCAGACAAAUAGAGAAGGCAUGGAAAGUUGGGAGAGUUCCUCUAUAGAGAGGCAAAGACAAUAUUCUUGAUAUAUAAUAACACUUUGACCUAAAAAAAAAAGUAAUUUUGAUUUAAAAUUGGCUAUCUUGGAAAUCAGAACAAAUCGGCAUAUUUUCCAGUUAUUGUGAUCUUUUGUAUGAAAAUUUAAAUUGUUUUGCUUGUUGUGUUACUAAGCCAAGAGGUUCACAAAACCAAUCUCAAAACAAAUGUGAUGAUUGUUUUGAACAGGUUGUAAUUUGAUAGAAUUUUUUUUUUCAGUGCUCCUUGAUAAGCAUGCAGAAUUCUUCAUGUUUACCUGUUUGCUUUCUGAAAUUUUAUUUUUUCCCUUUUGCAAGUACAGUAAUUUACAGGCGUAAAUCUUUAAUUACAGCGCUGUUUUGAAACACCUAGAAGUGACUCCUUCCUGCUUAUUUUGUUGCCUUGUAUCCAAAGCAGGACAGAGAAAAGCUGUCAAAAACAUUUCCUCAGAAAAGCUCAUUGCGGCUGGAAUUUAAUACUCUGUAUUGUGCUCAUGGUUAUAAACAGUGACCCAGAAGCAAACGUGACUUUUUUCUUUUUUUUUUAAGAGAAGUGCAGAGUUCACUUACUGUGUUUGCUCAGUCUGUGGUUAUGUGACUGUUUUAAUCUGUCUUGCGCCUGACUCCUGCUGAAAGGAGCAUUUCUCACUGCCUCUCCCUCUGCUGACCAUAGCAACUGUGUGGUGAGUUGGGUCAUGGACUUAAUCCAGAUGAAAACUAACCUAGGAAAAAUAAAUGGUUGGUUUUCAAAUAGAUGGGGUCUUGGUCCAUCUCACUGCACAGCUGUAUCCACAAUAAUGCCGACAGAGAAGGAGGUGUGGAAGCAUGCACCUGUAUGUUUGCGUAUUGGCAGACCGGUUUAUCAUGGUUUGAAGUGGUCACAUGGCGAAGACCUUAGAGACUUCUGCGUUUAAGAAUUCAUCUGUCUGCACUGGACAGUACCGAACCAUACAAAGGUGGUUGAUGACCAGAAGCAGAAGUUAUCUGGUCUGUAUAGUGUUUGCCAUUCAUUGCAGCAGUUUAAUAAUGCGAGUCUCUCACACCAGGGUAAGAGAUAGAGUUAAGUUGGGGAAUAGAUCAGGAAAAAAACCAUUCACAAUGUUUUCUGCUGUAUUUAUUUAGCAUAAAUGAAGACUUGGCUAACACUGUGUGGUUUGCAGGAGUUCAUUUGAGCAGUAGCCUAAAAUGACUGCAGAGGAUUUUAAUUCAUUUGGACAUACAGAGAGCAGUCCCAGCAGAAUAAUGUCCUUGUAAGCAUCCAUUUUUAUAAGAAGUUGCACGUCAUGGUGAGAUCAGGCUUACGCACGAAUUUAGUGAGAAAUACGAUCCUUACUUUGUAUGUGUUUUGAAAAUACUUCGGGGAGCCUGAAGAGAUUGUAUCAGUGACAGCCACACACACUGGGUAUGCGGUCUUCAUAAUUUUUGCACAUCUCUAUGCUGUUGUCUAUCUGUUUGGUUUUUUGUUUGUUUGGUUUUUUUUUUUUUAAGGCAAAGUGGAACUUCACGUCAGGUAAUUUUUACUGUAUACCUGAUUCAGCAAAGUACAGAUGCAACUAAAUCCCGGAAAAGGUGGUAGGUAGGACAGUUUGCUUGAGUUUGCUUACGAGCGCUGCAGUGUAACUGUUACAGUAUGUUUUCCUGGCAGUGGGAGUAAGACCCCAAGGAAAUGUAGAACAAGGCAGUUCUCCACUCGGGUAAAGCCGUGUUUGCUCUGGUCUCUUUAUCCACUGCCUUAGCUAGCUUUUUCUUUGGGAAGGGGGAGGAGGAGAGGGAGGACUCAAGGAAGGCUGCCCAGUUGUGGUUGAUGAGGUACUGAAGGAAAACCAGGCUGUACCGGGACUGCCUGACCUGACCUCCCGCGUGCUGGGUGCCCUGCUGAAGGCAGCCUUCCCCUGCCAUGGGCAGCCUGGUUCUGCUGGGUGUUCUCUCUAGGGAAGCUGCAUCACCAAGCAGUUCUGCUUUUGACAAUUGCUUUUAUUUAACCUGACUGACCUGAGCAGCUUUGCUUUGUUCAGAUGCUAUACUUAAUAUUUCUGUAUCCUUGGUUUUGUGGAGAAACUGUACUAAGCUUUUGGCCUGUACCUUGUGCAAGGGGUUUCAGUGUCAAAGCUGUACUACACAUCACUAAAAUUCCAGGACUAGAGGAAAUGGCCAUUUAGAACUGAAAUGGAGUUUUCCUUGACAUUUUUCUGCUUCCUGGGUGAAAUCUUUUGCAGAUACUUAAUACUGAUACUGAAAUAUGCUGGAAACCUAAUGGGCUGAACGAUGGUGUUUGAAUGUUGUUUACAAAUGAAUGAUAAUACCUAGAUACAGCCCUGAAGUUACUAACCAAAGCGUAGAAGCUUUCAACAAAACUCCGUAAAACCUAACAUGUAGUAAAUAUUUUGUGAUGUGUGAUUUCCAGCGUAAUAUAAGGAGUUAAAUAUAAACUGGUUUUGUACCCAGGGAAGUAAAAUAGGAGUUUCAGAGCAGUAGAAUGACAUGACUUUUCUGGCCUCCUAUGCCGAGUAUCUCGUUUUUCAGCAAGCUGUCUUUUAAAUGGUUUUUUCCUGCCUUCUGCAGUUUUGUUCCUGUAAAAAUGAAUUGUUUCAAGACCUAGGGAAGCUUUGGGAAGGGUGCGCAAAAACAAACAGCUUGUGUCAGAGAGCAUAAUCCUGAUUUGUUCUGUUUUGCUGCCCCCACUGUUAACUUCAGAAUGUGUUGCCACCAUAAACGUGGGACAAACUUGCACUUGACAGUAGUAACACUGCAGUGCAGCCAGUGCUGGAAUUCAAAAAUAGGCUGUCAUUCAGGUUUUACACUUCUCACCUGAAACCUAAUACUGUUUGGGGAAUGUCUUAGUAAACUGUAGGCAGAAGAGCUAAAAGGAGUGAAAUUCACUGCUGCUUUCUUUUUAAACAGGCAGGUGAAUAAUACCUUUUUUCUCUCCCUUCAAGAAGUCUGUUUAGUGAUAUGCAAAUACCUGAUAUUGAUAAAACUACAGUUGCAGCUUGCAAGUAAUGCUAUUUAUUAUAAACCAGUGUCACUAGGCACAAACUUUAGGAAUAGACUACUACACUUAAAAGCCCUCUCUGUUUAGGUGCUUUCAGAACUCAUUCAACUUGCUGUGUUACUGGAUGGAAGGCUUUUUCUGCAUUGUUUGGAAUUAUGCAUAUAACUUUUUUCCUAUCACACUAGUAUCUACUACUUCUCUGAAGAAGUCUUUGUUGCAAAGUGAAUCCAUCUGUUCAUACCCUGAUGCUUAUCAGCCCUGCUCCAGGGCCGUUACAUCAGUCUCCAUUUGUUGGUGUUCCACUUGGUGCAUGUUGUUAGGACUUCUUGGAUGCUUACUUUAUCCCUGUGGCGAGGGAAAAGUACAGGUAAUAUCAGAAUAAAUUGUGGGAGGUUUUGUGGAAGAUGGCACCGCUCACAUUAGCUUGUUCUGUAUCCUCACCCAAGUUAACGCCAUUCUAAUGACCCAGUGUGAAGCCCUGUUCUGAUGGGACAGGCUUUAGUGGGGCUUUGACAAAGUCUUAAGGUAGUGCACAGAGCAAUCUUAAAAGAGGUAAUUUUGCUAGUGGUUUUUUUAAUGGCAGUGAAUCUCUGAGCACUUCAUGGAUGCAAAUUCAGUUCCGUCUUCUGCCUUGUAAUGCAGGAGUAGCCCACCGAAGCCAGAGCAGCGAAGGAGUGAGUUCACUCAGCAGUUCUCCAUCUAACAGCCUUGAAACACAAUCUCAGUCUCUCUCUCGAUCUCAGAGCAUGGAUAUUGAUAGUGUCUCCUGUGAGAAAAGUAUGUCCCAGGUAGAUGUGGAUUCAGGAAUUGAAAACAUGGAGGUUGAUGAGAGCGAUCGCAGAGAGAAAAGGAGUCUGACGGAUAAGGAACCUCUGUCUGGGUCUGAAGUAUCUGAGGAGCAAGCUUUACAGCUGGUCUGUAAGAUCUUCAGAGUCUCUUGGAAGGACCGAGACAGAGAUGUUAUCUUCCUGAAUUCACUCUCUGCCCAGUUUAAGCAGAACCCAAAGGAGGUGUUUUCAGAUUUUAAGGACUUGAUUGGGCAGAUUUUGAUGGAAGUGCUGAUGAUGUCCACCCAGUCAAGGGAUGAAAACCCCUUUGCUAGCCUGACGGCUACAUCGCAACCGAUUGCUGCCGCUGCCCGGUCUCCUGACAGAAGCCUGAUGUUAAACAUGGGCUCUAACCCUGGGAACAGCCCUGUGUUCUGUAACGUGGGCUCCUUUGGUUCCAGUUCGUUAUCCAGUCUCUAUGGGACUAGUCCAGCUCCUACUACCAAUUUCACAAGCUAUGUACCAAUGACUGGUUCAUCUCUUACCCCACCAGCCAGUUCAGUUGCCACUGCAUCUGUGCCUUCCAUUACUGUCAGCUCUCACCUCACAGCAACAAGCCCUUCUUGGAUGCAGUCUGCUUCUCCGAGGUACCGGCCAUACACCGUUGCCCAUUCUGGAGGCUUUUCAGCUUCUUCCAUCCCACGUUCCUUGAAUAUUUCCAUCCCAUCUAGUUCACCAAGUCCUCCAGCCAUGGCUGCUAGCCCUCCAGCCAUGCCAGUCAUCACAUCCAGACAGAGACCCACAGCAGUGGGUCCACCUUUGUUUACUGCUUCACCCAGUACCUUGCGCAGGCGUUCUUCUUUACUGAACAGGAUUCCUUCUAGUAUGGGAGGCUCUGGCAGCUCAAGUGUUUCAGAUUCCUGCAGUGACCACUUCACCAUUGAAAAUUGUAAGGAGACAGAGAUGCUGAACUACCUCAUUGAGUGUUUUGACAGAGUUGGGAUAGAGGAGAGAAAAGCACCAAAGAUGUGUAGCCAGCCAACAGUUAGCCAGUUACUGAGCAACAUCCGAUCACAAUGCAUUUCACAUGCUGCUUUGGUGCUACAGGGAUCCUUAACACAACCAAGGUCAUUGCAGCAGCAGUCUUUGCUGGUACCAUAUAUGCUGUGUAGGAACCUCCCAUUUGGCUUCAUCCAGGAAUUGGUGAGAACAACUUACCAGGAUGAGGAGGUGUUCAAACAGAUCUUUAUUCCCAUCUUACAAGGCUUGGCUGUAGCUUCCAAAGAGUGCUCCCUUGAUAGUGACAAUUUUAAAUACCCCCUUAUGGCACUAUGUGAACUUUGUGAAAUCAAGUUUGGGAAAACACACCCUAUGUGCAGUUUGGUUGUCUCUUUGCCCUUGUGGUUGCCUAAAUCUUUAAGCACAGGUGCAGGAAGAGAGCUGCAAAGACUUUCCUAUCUAGGAGCCUUCUUCAGUCUCUCUGUCUUUGCUGAAGAUGACAACAAAGUAGUUGAAAAGUACUUCUCAGGACCUGCCAUUACUCUUGAAAACACCCGGGUUGUUAGCCAGUCUUUGCAACAUUACCUGGAAUUAGCAAGGCAAGAGCUGUUCAAGAUUCUACAUAGUAUUUUACUGAAUGGUGAAACUCGAGAAGCCGCUCUCAAUUACAUGGCAGCUGUUGUCAACGCCAACAUGAAAAAGGCACAAAUGCAGACAGAUGAUCGUUUGGUAUCUACAGAUGGCUUUAUGCUCAACUUCCUAUGGGUACUACAGCAACUAAGUACGAAGAUAAAGCUGGAAACUGUUGAUCCCAUGUACAUAUUUCAUCCCAGGUGUCGUAUUGACCUCCCAACAGAUGAGACCAGAGUGAAAGCAACAAUGGAGGAUGUUACAGCCUGGAUUGCUGAACUUUGCAGGGAUCCGUCUCCAUUUUCUGAGCCGAAAUUCCCAACAGAAUGUUUCUUCUUAACCCUGCAUGCCCAUCAUCUCUCAAUCCUGCCAAGCUGCCGUCGGUACAUACGUAGACUGCGGGCCAUCAGGGAGCUCAACAGGACUGUUGAAGAUUUGAAGAACAAUGAAAAUCAAUGGAAGGAUUCUCCUCUGGCUACCAGGCAUAGAGAAAUGCUGAAACGUUGCAAGACACAGCUUAAGAAACUAGUGAGGUGCAAGGCUUGUGCAGAUGCUGGUUUGCUGGAUGAAAACUUUCUCAGGAGAUGCCUGAAUUUCUAUGGCAUGGUGAUACAGCUGAUGCUUCGCAUUCUUGACCCUGGCUAUCCCAACAUUAAAUUGCCUUUAACUCCUGAAGUUCCGAAGGUAUUUGCAGCAUUGCCGGAGUUUUACGUGGAAGAUGUUGCUGAAUUUUUAUUUUUUAUUGUACAAUAUGCUCCUCAGGUGCUUUAUGAGCCCUGUACUCAGGACAUAGUGAUGUUCCUUGUUGUGAUGCUGUGCAACCAGAACUACAUCCGAAAUCCUUAUUUAGUAGCCAAGCUGGUGGAAGUGAUGUUCAUGACAAAUCCAGCUGUUCAGCCCCGGACACAAAAGUUCUUUGAAAUGAUUGAGAAUCAUCCUCUCUCCACUAAAUUGUUAGUUCCCUCCUUGAUGAAGUUUUACACAGAUGUUGAACAUACUGGAGCCACUAGCGAAUUCUAUGACAAGUUUACGAUCCGCUAUCACAUUAGCACCAUUUUCAAAAGCCUCUGGCAGAAUAUAGCUCACCAUGGUACAUUUAUGGAAGAGUUCAACUCUGGGAAGCAGUUUGUUCGCUACAUCAACAUGCUGAUAAAUGACACCACUUUCUUGCUGGAUGAGAGUCUGGAGUCCCUAAAACGUAUCCAUGAAGUGCAAGAGGAGAUGAAGAAUAAAGAACAAUGGGACCUGCUGCCCAGGGAUCAGCAACAGGCUCGGCAAUCACAGCUAGCUCAGGAUGAGCGUGUGUCUCGUUCAUAUCUUGCUCUGGCAACAGAAACUGUUGAUAUGUUCCAUAUCCUUACCAAGCAGGUUCAAAAGCCUUUUCUCAGACCUGAACUUGGACCACGAUUGGCUGCUAUGUUGAACUUUAACUUACAGCAACUGUGUGGCCCCAAGUGCCGUGACCUGAAAGUUGAAAACCCUGAGAAAUACGGGUUUGAACCAAAGAAGCUGUUGGACCAACUGACUGACAUUUAUCUACAGCUAGAUUGUGCUCGCUUUGCUAAAGCAAUUGCUGAUGAUCAGAGGUCCUACAGUAAAGAGCUCUUUGAGGAGGUUAUCUCAAAGAUGAGAAAGGCUGGAAUCAAGUCAACCAUAGCAAUAGAGAAAUUCAAACUGCUGGCAGAGAAAGUGGAGGAAAUUGUUGCCAAGAAUGCCCGCGCAGAAAUUGAUUACAGCGAUGCUCCAGAUGAAUUUAGAGAUCCACUUAUGGACACUCUGAUGACUGAUCCUGUGAGGUUGCCAUCCGGAACUAUUAUGGACAGGUCAAUCAUACUGAGGCAUCUGUUGAAUUCUUCCACUGAUCCUUUCAAUCGUCAGACGCUGACAGAAAAUAUGCUGGAACCAGUGCCAGAACUUAAAGAGCAAAUCCAAGCCUGGAUGAGAGACAAGCAGAAUGCUGACCAUUAAAAAUUCCCUUGCAGUGCACGCCAACACCAAUGGGAAGAAAAGGGCGUGGGCUGUUCUGGUAAUAGUGGAGCAGAUACACUUUGAAAGCUGUUGAUGGGAUUAGCACGCCCACUGGCACUGACUUGCUGUAGUGACCAGAAGCAUGUGGACAAGGAGAAAAGCGGCUUAAUUCUUGUACAUAUAUUUAAGUGAUAAUGAUGGUCAAUAACAUGGAGGACAAGCUAGGAAGUUGCUUAUGUUACAAAACUGUCCUUCAAUAUGUCACGUUUUGGAGUUUUUACAGCUGAAUUAUUUUAGCAGAAAUGAAUGGAUCAGGGCAGCAUCCCUUCAACCUUAUUUUUUACAGCCAGAUAUCCGUUAAUUUGAUUGUGGUUAGAACCUUGGACGUUUUGCUGCUAAAGUAACUUUUCUUCCUCUUUCCCUCCCUUCUUUCUCUUCCACCCAUCAAACCUGCACUGCUGACUUUUUUUUUGUAAUGCAAAAAAAAAAAAUCCCUGUGAAAAACAAAAUCAUUCCCCUGCCCUCAAAAGAACAUAUUCUGUGCGAUAACUGUGCCUGCAACAAAGUGUUAAUCUCGGGAUCGUAUUUUUUAUAUUACACAUAUUUGCAUAUUUGGUUUUUAAUUGGUGUUAGACACAAGGAUAAUCUAAAAAAUGCAAAGCCUUCACACAUGGAUUUUAAUUCCUCUUCUUUGGAAUGUCCCUUUUCUUUGUGUUUAUCUAGAUGCUCUGGUAUUUUUGAAAAGCCUUGAGGUAGGACUAUGUUAAAACAGCUGCCAUGAAAGAGAUGCUUGGGAAUACCAGGAUUUCAGUGACUAUUUAAAAAUUAAAAUUCAUUCUUUCAAUGCUGCAGAUAUGAUAUAUGCUAAAUGACAGUUCUGAGCCAUUAGAGCUUGUCUGCAGAGAGCAGAUCCUUUUAUUCUUAGAGGCUGCAGUUUUGGGCAGGGGUCAUUUUUUUUAUGUUGCAUACCAAUUUGUAUCCAUGGCUUGGCCUUACCAAAGCAGAAAGGGUGCAGGAAAUGUAGAAUUACAUUUUUAAGAAAAAAAAAAAAAAUAUUCACAAACAUUUUUGUAUUACUGCCCCCUGCAUAUGAUACUUGAAUUUCCUUUUUAAAAAGGAUUUGAAACCAGUGUUUUAAAAUUAAGUCUGAAAAAAGGUUGUUCUUUUAUUUGUUUUUCGCUGUGUCUUCUGUUCAGUUCCUCUCUUGAACUACAAUAAAUGAUACACACUCACACAAAA